AUGUACUUGACGCUGGUCUGGAAUGCACUGGGUGCCCGGGCCAUCCGAGGAGGCCUCAACCGAGUCAAUUCGACCGUGUGCAACCCCACGGCGCACAGCCCGCAGCCUAGAAUCGCUUUCAAAACCUUGGCCUUUGUCCACUUUGGUCCAGGCAUUCGAACCCUCGACAAGUCCUAA